AUGAAGUUCCUGCUACUAGGAUCGGCUUUGGUCAUUCUUGCGUCGAAUAGCAUCGUAACUGCACUCUUCGAACCGCACUUCGUUUCGUUUGGGCCACCUCCUGAUACUCAGAAUGCACUAAAACUGGAUUCUGUACCCUCCAUCUAUGUGGAUGCCCAGGAUUUCCCUGGCAUUCAUAUCGCAGCAGAAGCCCUAUCCAAAGACUUUUCAAACGUUACCGGAGUCGAACGAGCAUCUACCAUCGCUUCCAUCAUCAAGUUCAACGUUUCCGCCGAUAACGAGCUACCACCGGGGAAAUCAAGCUCUGCCAUCAUCAUUGGAAGUAUAACAUCCCCACUAAUCAGAUCCCUAGUCCAAUCCGGGAAGCUGAACGAUACUGUUCACAUUGAGGGUCAGUGGGAAACGUUCAUGACUUCCGUCGUCGACGAUCCUGGAAACGGUAUACCUGCAUCCCGAGCAUUGGUCGUCGCUGGGUCCGACAAGCGAGGGACUAUCUUUGGAAUCUAUACCCUCUCUGAGCAACUUGGCGUCAGUCCGUGGUACUGGUGGGCCGAUGUACCAACUCUCCAACGUACAGAACCCAUAUUCGCCCUUCCUACCAUGACAAUACACGGACCUCCUUCCAUCAAAUACCGUGGCAUUUUCAUCAAUGAUGAAUCUCCGGCCCUUGCCAGUUGGGUGCAAACCAAUUUCUCUCCAGCAAGCAGGAAGUUUGACACGGAGUUUUACAAGAGACUAUUCGAGUUGUUGUUGAGGAUGAAGGCCAACUACCUCUGGCCAGCUAUGUGGCCUUCGUUCCCGCCUCCCGGAAACUCCUUCUUUGUGGAUGAUCCGUUAAAUCAGGUUACAGCGGACCUGUAUGGGAUCGUGAUGAGUACUUCGCAUCAAGAGCCCAUGCAGCGUGCCACAAAUGAGUGGUUGGUCUCUGGGAGAGGCCGGUGGAACUGGGAGGUGAACAAGGACAAUGUGACACAGUUUAUGAAGGAAGGAGUCGAGAGAGCAAAGGAGUGUGGAUGCGAGAGUUAUGUGACCGUUGGAAUGAGGGGUGACGGUGAUUCCGCCGUUGAAGGGAGUAACCCUAAGGCAAUUCUGGAAGAUGUGCUCGCGACGCAGAGGCAGCUCAUCAAGAGUACAUAUGGAAACGAAACUGGGGUUAGGCAGGUGUGGGCGUUAUACAAGGAGGUGCAGGCAAUAUAUGAGUCGGGGUUGCAAGUUCCGGACGACCUUACGUUAUUCUUCUCAGACGAUAACUUUGGAAACAUUCGAAGAUUGCCUACAGAAGCGGAAAAGGCGAGGUCCGGAGGUAGCGGUAUAUACUACCACCUGGAAUACGUUGGUACUCCAAGGUCGUACAAGUGGAUUAACACGAACUCGCUGGGGAAGGCACAAUUCCAGUUGUCGACCGCCCAGCAACGAGGGGCAGACCGGAUUUGGGUGAUAAACGUCGGGGACAUCAAGCCGAUGGAAACACCGCUCUCUAUGAUCAUGACGAUGGCGUAUAACGCGUCCGCAGUCACGGCACAGACCAUCCCAGACUUUCUACAGGCUUACGCUUCCCGGGAAUUUUCGUCUGCAUCCAAAGAGGACCAGAAGGAGAUAGCGGAUCUGUUUCUGGGGUAUUCGAGGUUGAUGGGACUUCGAAGGCAUGAGCAUGUAGAGCCGACAACAUACUCUAUAUUGAAUUACAGGGAAGGCGAAAGUUUCGUUGGAGCAUGGGAGUCGCUGUCGCACCGAGCAGAAGCUGUCAAUGGAAGGCUGCAAGAAGCCUGGAAACCGGCUUUUUUCCAGCUAGUUCUACACCCAAUAAAGGCUUCGACAACAUUCUUUUCCAUCAAGAUAGCUCAAGGAAAGAAUGCGCAGUACGCUAACCAGAGACGAAACUCUGCGAAUGACUGGGCAGCAGAGGCGUUGAGACUGUUUGAUGAAGAUCACGAUCUGGAGGAGGAGUUCGAUACAAUUUUGAAUGGAAAGUGGGCUCAUUUGAUGAGACAACCGCGCUACGGAUUUACGAGCGAUUGGAGGCCACCCUACAGGGAUGCCCUGAUCAGUUUGUCGUAUGUGCAAUUGAGACAGGAUAGUAUACCUGCGGUGGGCCAGAUGGGGGUGUCUGUAGAGGGUACUGUUGGUCCAUUACCAGGCCUUUUCAACGAGGGCUCUGAAUUGGCGAUGCCCUCGAGAGGCGUGCUGCAACCGGGUGUCACAUUGCCGUCGAUGGACCCAUAUGGUGCACGCACAAGAUGGUUCGAGAUGUAUGCGAGGGGCAGAUCUGAAUUGGAAUGGUCCGUACAAGGUGAUGAGGAAUGGGUAAAGUUGACACCCACGAAAGGCCGCCUCACGAAGGGGAACUGGGAUAACCGAGUGGAAGUGAGCAUUGACUGGGAUCGGGUACCAGAGGGGUUUAACGAGACGACGUUGAUCCGUGCCAAUUCGACUGCCGGUGAUUAUGAGGAGGUCCAUCUACCCGUGCUAAAGUUGAACGUUCCCGCUGGAUUCUCGGGUUUCGUCCAAGGAGAUGGGUAUGUAUCGAUGAAUGCUGCACAUUUCACUAGUAAUGGCGAACAAGACACCGUGGCUUACCGGGAGGUGCCAUAUCUCUCCCGCUCAAUCAAUGGAACUGGUGCAGUAGGAUUGUUCCCAGCGACCGCGAAUCUGUCGUCGUUUGGGCCGUGGCUCGAAUACAAGUUCUACUGGUUUACGACGGAUAAAGACAUUUCAGCCACAUUAUACUUUACCAUGGCUCUCGAUACGGAUCCCAAUCAGCCGAUGCAAUUCGCGGUAGCCCUUGACUCGGCGGCACCAGACAACAGUGUACGACUUGUUGCAGCCCCUGCUCAGGUAGGCGACCUACCCAAAGACUGGACGGAUGCAGUGCAAAAUCUGGUUUGGAAAAGGACGGUACAGCUUGGAGACAUUUCUGCAGGAGAACAUACGGUUCGGUAUUGGGCGAGUAAACCGGAGAUUUUGCUGGAAAAGAUUGAGAUUGCAAGAAGCGGGAGUAGCCGAACCAGUUACUUGGGGCUGCCCGAGAGCACACUAGUAUGA